AUGUCUCUAUACCGAAAAGUCGAACGAGUUAAACGAGUCGAACGGUCGUCAUCAGACGAUUUUCAAAACCUCACUGAUGUCAACGUUCCUUAUAACAUGUAUAAUUAUCCGCCAAUAAAAGAUGGAUCGGAUAUUAAAAACAUCACGAUAGCAAGGAAACCAAAUGUCAUCCGUGGAAAAUCGUUGAUGACCGACAUGUGCAAGAUGUUUAAUAAUCCAAACUAUGGGGAUAUCAAAAUCAUAUGUAAGGAUUCGGUUCCGCUCCACGCAUGCCGUGCAAUUCUUGCUGCUCGUUCCGAAACAUUUUAUCAAAUAUUAUCUGAUUUCGACUACAUUGAAACCAAAGAAAUAUAUUUUCGAAUGAUUUCCGAAGAUAUCAUGAAAAUUAUACUUUUGUUUAUUUAUACUGGAAAAUUGUGCGGCAGGAUAGAAGAUAGUGAUGAUCUUGGAGGAGAAAACGAUGAUGAAUACGAUUUGGUUGAUUUUGGCAAUGUAAUUGAAUUAUAUGUCACGGCAGAUUAUUUCCAACUAGUGGAAUUACAAAAUUUAAUUGUGGAAUUUAUAAGAGAAGCCUGUGAACGGGAAAAUAGAGGAGAUAUUGCACCGAAGUUGCUCAAUGACGCCGUUAAACUGAUGCAUCACAUUUUACCAAUAUCGGACGACGAUAUUUCUGUUCCUCUCUCCCCAUGUUCCCCCCAAAAUACCGAAUGUGAGAUAUUGACAUUACUAACAGAGGCAGUCUCACAAAUUCCAUUAGACAAUAUAAAGUUUGGUCGAUUAUCAUUGAGGGCAUUGAAAUACUUGCUAAUGUCUACUUAUCACAGUAAUAAAAUAUUCAAGGCACAAGAAUAUACAGUGCUCCGGUACGCAUUGUUAUUAUCAGCUAGAACGGUAUCAAAAGAUGCGUUUUAUAGUUUAGAAAAUAGAUUACCCACUUGGGAUAAUAUUAAGAAUAAUUAUCCGCCUAUAUUAUGUAAGAAUGACAUGUUGGCUACUUAUAAUAAUAUCCGCCGAGAUAUAUCUCACAUUGUCACUCCACUACUUGAAUACAUUGAUUUUCAAAGGAUUGAUGCGAUGAUCUUGGAGAAAUUAAUAGAACCGUUGGAUAUUAUUAACCAAGAGAUCAUAACGAAGGCGUAUAGGUUUCAUGCGACUAACCCACGUCCAAAGUUUCCGAUAUCAACUGAGAUUUCCAAUAGGUUGCCAAAAAGUGAUUUCCGCAAGAAAAAGCCACCCAUACCACCUAAGCCUAGAAAUAAUAAAGAAGGAAAUAGUCGAAAUAUUUCUCAUUCUUUACAACUCAUAGGACAACCCUUUGCAAUCAAAUGGGACAAGCAUUGUUGUAGCCCAGGGAUAAAGUUCGCCGAUAACAAUUCCACGGUUUAUGUGAACGAUGACAAAUUAUCUGAGUCGUGGAAAAGUGUUCGUUCAAAUCUUCUGAUGACUGCUGGAACAUACUCAUGGGCGGUUCAUAUUAAAAGCUCAGAAUACGUAGGAAUGGGUGUGUGCUCAAAAGAAUUUAACCAUAAUUUUCCGAGAAAGGUUGAAAACCAAGUAUAUGCAUGGAUACUUGGAUCGGACGGAUUAUUUUAUCACGGAGAAGAUAGACAUAAAUACGCGGAUGAGUUUUACGAUACUUAUGUAAACAGUAUAUGGGAGAAUAAGAUAGAUGUGAAAGUGGAAAUAACUGUGAAUAUGGAUGAGAAAUGGAUGAAAUUUACUAUAAAUGGGAAGAGACAUGAAAAGGUUAAUAGAUGGUUAGAUUUUCCAGAUGAGCUGUGGCCAGUAUGCUAUAUAAAGGGCGAGGGAUCAUGCAAGAUCGUAAAUUCCUUGAAACAAUUAUGA